GUAACUUUUUGUGUUCGUUAUAUGGAUUCCUGUUUUAUAAAACAGCUACGUUGCCGUUCUUUUACUAGUAUUUUACACUUAGCUGACAACGUUGGUUAUGAUUUAAGGUUAUGUUUCGACACCAAAUAUUCAAAUUUCUUAAUAAUGGUUUUAGCUGUGGGAUUUGAAGGAAGCGCUAAUAAAUUAGCAAUAGGAGUAGUAAAAGAUGGUAAUAUAUUAGCAAAUUGUCGAAGAACGUUUAUAACACCUCCAGGAGAAGGUUUUUUACCCAAAGAGACCGCUCAACAUCACCGAAACUUUAUAUUAGUAGUUUUAAAAGAAGCAUUAGAAGAAUCUAAAGUGAAAAUUGAGGAUGUUGAUUUGAUAUGCUACACAAAAGGGCCCGGAAUGGGUGCACCAUUAGCAGUUGUCGCAGUAGUAGCUCGAACUAUAGCACAAUUAUGGAAUAAACCUCUUCUUGGUGUAAAUCAUUGUAUUGGACAUAUUGAAAUGGGGAGAUUAAUAACGGGAGCCAAAAACCCUACAGUAUUAUACGUUAGCGGUGGAAAUACACAAAUUAUAGCAUACGCUAGGAAAAGGUAUCGAAUUUUUGGAGAAACUAUUGACAUAGCAGUAGGUAAUUGCUUAGAUAGAUUUGCUAGGGUAUUAAAAAUAUCUAAUGACCCUAGUCCAGGUUACAAUAUUGAACAAUUAGCCAAAAAAGGCUCUAAAUUUGUUCAACUGCCAUAUUGUGUAAAAGGAAUGGAUGUUAGCUUUUCUGGAAUAUUGUCAUUUAUGGAAGAAAAGACCAAACGUCUUCUACAAGAAGGAUACACACCUGAAGAUCUGUGUUUUUCUCUACAGGAAACUAUAUUUGCUAUGUUGGUGGAAACUACAGAACGUGCUUUAGCCCAUUGCAAUUCGAAAGAAGUCCUUAUAGUCGGAGGUGUAGGAUGUAAUUUGAGACUUCAAGAAAUGAUGGAUAUAAUGUGCAAAGAAAGAGGUGCGCAAUUAUUUGCAACUGAUGAAAGAUUCUGUAUCGAUAAUGGAGUGAUGAUAGCACAUGCAGGUGCCGAAAUGCACGCAGCAGGUGUUCGAAUGAAGUGGAAGGACGCUUUUAUUACUCAGAGAUAUAGGACAGACGAAGUUGAAACAGUUUGGAGAGAAGAUUGAUUGCACAUUUCAUUAUUUUGUAUAAUAAAAUCUUGAAAAUUU